GGCUGGGAAGAGCGACUUCCAACGCACUUACUCGUACAGGCGUCGCUCUGCGAUUCUCUCUGAUAACCAUACAUAUACCUUUGCCUUUCCUCUAUGAUAUUGGAUUUCACUUAUGUUCCAUUAUAUUAUCGUAGCCGGCUGUGCACUGAUUAUUAUGCGGUAUCAGAGGUUCUCGGCAUUGGCUCUACCUCCGAAACCUCGAUCUACACGAAUGCGGUUGAUAUGUGGUCCCCUGGCAAGGAGCGAGGCCGUUUUGUUCACUUGGAGAUAUCAUAAGCUACUACUACAAAAAGGGAAAUCUUCUCGCGGAAAAAUUAAGCAAGCCGACUACACCAAUAUAAGUGAGACCGGGAAAUGGCUUAUCCAGGCCCUUGUGGAUACAGAUCCAGAAGGACGUCCAAGUUCUGUGAAGGCAGGAAGUCAUGUAUGGUUAGGGGGACAUGCAAUGGAUGGGAGAAGGGUGAGAGAUCGUGCGUUACUGAACUCCUUUGAGUACUGGUCGGACUAUAGAGGUUACGACUUCCGGAACCAGCGGGGUAUGAAUAUGGCCGGAGAACCCUAUGGUACCCCGUUUUUUAUACCCAAUGGCCUGGACACCCCAGUUAAUCCCUUUCACCUUAAGCCCACGUUGGAAUCGAGUUACACUAGUGACGUUCCGCCUCUCCUUGAACCCCGCUACCCUUCAUGGCAUCUUGGUCACGCCCCACUCAGCAGCCACGCGAUCGGUGGGUAUCCUAAGAGAGUGGUUGGAAUAGGUCAGGAAAGGGCGCCUCAGGAGAUGGCGGCAGAACCUGUUAAAGAGUUGAUCGACAUAACAACCAAGCCUAUUCGCAAGUCCAUUCCGCCCGGGAAUACUCCAGGAAUUGGCAGGCGCCCGACGUCGCACGAGGCGGUCUUCACUCGGCCUGGGGCAGCGACACAUCAGGACGAUGGUCUCCUGGUCGGAGGGCGGGCCCUACGGGAUGAGAUAGUAGCGCUUAGGGUAGAGCUGUGA